UCUUUAUAAGGAGAAACAGGGACCUGGUAGAAAUCACACAACAUCAAACAGGCACCUAGAUCCCAACCAAAGAGAGCCCAGCAGGAAAGCAGCUUCUGAACAUCAUCUUCAGCAGUCAGUGAAUAUCUGCUCUCAGCAUGAUGCGGAAAACCACCGUGCUUGCAGUGUGUCUGCUGCUGGCUGGAGUACAGGCACUGGACGGCCCCUCGUACGGAGUCAAAUUAUGUGGCCGGGAGUUCAUCCGAGCUGUUAUCUUCACCUGCGGAGGCUCUCGAUGGAAGCGCUCCUUGACAAGCACAGAUGAAAUACUGGACUUAUUCAGCUCGUAUGACAAUAAUGUUCCAGACAGUUCAGUGCUGUAUGGUGCUGCCCCGUCCUCCCAGCAUGCCCCUGACUCAAAUCUUCCGUCACUGGCACAAGGUGAACAGGAAGGUGACUUGUUCAGCAGGCCAGCGCGCUCUCUCAUUUCACAGGAGGUGCUGGAAGCGUUGCGCACCGUGGACAGAAAGGGACGAGAUGUAGUGGUGGGACUGUCCAACGCCUGCUGCAAGUGGGGCUGCAGCAAAGGAGAAAUCAGCUCCCUUUGCUAAGAGACUAACCUUCUGUGUGGCAUGCAUGAGUGAAUAAAAAAAGUGUGUUUGUGUGUGUGCUUCUCCGUCACAUCCUGUGUUUCAUUUUUCUGUCUCCAUGUUGUGCUUGAGACUUGUAAAUGAUUUGCAUUGAGCUGCCAUGUUGCAGUUAAUUUAAAUAAUGCUUUUAUAAUGUUUGAUGUUGUAAUGUAACAAGGUACUUUUUGGAUUCAGUGUGUUCGC